UGUCACUUGAAACAUAAACAAACAAAAAAUGCGCACUUUCUGCCGUCACAAAGGGUCAUCGCACGAGAUCGGAAAGGUUUUACUAGUUAUUGGUUGAAAAACUUUGAAUAAUAAAUAGUAACAUCAGUGCCAAACGACUAUUCGAAAUCAGUGCAAAAUACGCGGUUAAAAGUGAUCGGUUAAAUUAUGAGCCAGCAAUGGAAAAGGCCCGACGAAAUCCUUCGGCUGCAGCGUCUAAAACAGAAACAGAAAGCCCUCCAAGCACGCAUUCAGAAACCAUCUGGCAUCGGUGGUGUUCCCUCCAAUGGCCAGGAAUCGGACCCAUUUUCCGGUAGUCAAAAGCGGAAGAAUCCUUUCUCAAAAAACGGAGACAAUGCCGCAAGUAAGAAGCAGAGACCUUCUGAUCCCGAUCUUACUAACGACGAAAGCAUUUUCGAACUACUAAAUAGGACUACCCCGAAAGAGAUUCCCGUAAUUGAUGCUCCAAUUGCAAAACCUCUUGAAAGUCGCUUCCUGUUGGAUACACAGCACCAAUUGGCCAUCAAUGCAGCUGUCCCUCAUGAAACAUCCGAAGACCUGCAAAAGCCUUGCAAACAUUUUCCCAUCCAUUGGGGCAUCAAAAGUCGAUUGCGAAUCGUGUGCAAGUCUUCGUUACCAGGAAACAACCUCCGCACGAACCAGGAAGCAAGCGGUUUGACGUCUUUCGUUCGAUGCAUCGGUAUAAAGGAUUCUUCUGUUGGGUUGGACAUCUCGCCAGGGGCAAGGUUCUACCAGAGUACCCUCUACUGGCAACAUCCGCACCUGCCCUGGCUGACGCUGUUCCCGAGGAAUGCCAAGUCAAACCACGGAACGGUUCUGGGGGAAACGGAGCGCACUGCACUGGCGAAAGAGUGGGCCGUCAGCUUCCAGAAUCUGUUCCAACUGGUUCGCGCCAGACAGUGUCCGUACUUUUACGUGUGUGCCAACAGCUUCACGGUGUUAUUCCGAGCUGCCGGUAUUGGCGGACGGGUGGAGACCCAUGCCUUGCUUACACCGACAUCUCGAGGAAUGCGGGCAGCUUUGAAGCAAGAGGAUAUAGAAUUCACAAUGCCGUUGAAAAAAUCACCGGAUAAACAAGAUAUGAAUCGGUCUGGAGAAUCUGGAAUAAGUGUUAACAAUGGUAGCUUUUCUAAUUCAUCCGAGGAUCAAGGUGCGAAUACCGUACCGGAUGAAGGUGAAGACGACGACGACGACGAUAUGGAGGAAGAAAAGUGGUUGGAAAGCUUAGGGGUCGAAGCCGAUGAAAUCAAAAAGAUAAAUUACAACCAAUACAAGAAGCUACAAAAUCGGGAAUGUGAAGAAGACUAUAGCGAUCAAUCAACGGUCCUCAUCGAAGGCGUGGAGUGUCAAGCAUUUUACAACUUUUUGCUAAAUGCAAAAAGCACCACCAUAAAGGUUGGUCGACUGGCAGGCGUCCCUCCCACUUUACUGGCCCCGGUGGCAUUCGUGGGUGCGACAUUGCGAACUUUAACCACACGAUCGAGCAAAAUCCGGAUGGACGGUGAAGACUAUCACAGCACGGAACUACAGGGAGUUAUCUUGCCGCAUGUGCUACCUUACCUGUGUGGCUUGCUGUCGGAAACGAAGGACAACUUCAGCACUACCCUGGUCAGUGUCCCAAACACAACAGUGUUCAGUCGAGUAUCUCAGAAGAUGAUCGACGACACCGACAAGGAAAACGAAGCAACGGCCAUUGGCGAUCAGGUACUGUGGAAAGAAAACCUGUCCGAUAGCGGGCUCUCGGAGCACAUCCUGGAGACAAUGUGCCGCGCCAGUAAAGAUUCCGUCAGCGAUUUGGAACGCCUGGUUUAUUCUAAGGAAGCUGGGGGCUACACGUGGAGCUAGCAUAUACCUGACUUUAAUACACAUACUGCUUGAAACCAUAAAAAAGAAAGUCUGCUCCCUCAGAGAAAUUUCCUGGUGAUUCCUGGAUCCAUAGAGACGAGUUUGUUUUAUUC